AUGCGCCCAUGUAAACAACCGCUUGAAGAGUCUGGCAGAGAAAAAGCUCUGAGCUUUGUAGCACAGAGGGAAGGAUGGAGAAAGGGAAGGGUGAAGACAGAGAGACUCGAGACAGCAGAGGGAAGAACCCGGGCAAAUCCCACGUGCGAACUUCCCCCUGGAACACAAAACGAUUUCCUUUCUUAUUCAAUUGGGACAAGCGAGCGCACCCGUCAUGGCAAAGGUCGGAUGACAAAAGAUAUUACCCAGGACAGCCAGGCCACCGAACACAGCGCCCUUCGUCCUCCCAUAUCUUAUACAUCAUCACCACAAUCUUCCAACUGCUCCGCCCCGGCGACCGCAAGCUGCAAUAGCACGGAUCUGAAUCUGGAUCUGCCAGCAGAAGAUUUCGUGUAUGUCUUCAUCGACGAUCAAAUUACAUACCAGAUCUACGUGUACAUAUAA